AUGGACGUCACUGCUCUGCAGAAGCUUGCACCGCCUGCAGGAGCAGUGUACGUCUCUUGUAUCGCCCUCUCCGCCCAGUGGCUGUUCUACUACAUCGAGCCUGGCCCCUUAUCGCGAGGAGACGCGUACAUCUUCAACGCGCUGGUUGCCUGUCUACUCAUAUGCCACUGGCGAACAUGCUAUGUCGAUCCAGGUCGGAUACCCACAGACUGGCAUGAGCGUCUGUCCGCAGCGGAUGGGCACAACUUGCCUUCGCAGCGCCAACGCUGGUGUCGGAGAUGUGAAGCUUUUAAGCCUCCGAGAGCACAUCAUUGCAAGACCUGCAAACGCUGCAUUGUAAAGAUGGAUCACCAUUGUGUCUGGACAGCCAACUGCGUCUCUCACACCACCUUGCCUCACUUUCUCCGCUUCCUCAUCUACUCCGUCGUCUCCAUGAUCUACUUGGAAUCCUUCUUCUACGAGCGGUGUGCCGUCAUCUGGAGGAAGAGACACUUGCCAAGUUAUCUUGGCCCGUCCAUCUUUCAACUCGCACAUCUCCUGAUCAUAGUCGUGUUGACCUCCUUCACGCUGUUCAUACUCUCCCUACUCUUAGGUCGAACACUAUGGUCAGCCGCUCUCAACAUGACUACCAUCGAGAGCUGGGAGAUCGAACGCCACGAAGCAUUACUUCGCCGCUCACGCGUACUCGGCGGAUAUCUCGUCGGCCCCGACGGCGAAAAAGUGCAUCUGCAACGGCAAGAAUUCCCGUGGGAUGUCGGCAUUUGGACGAAUCUAUGCCAGGCUUUUGGAAGUCGGAAUCCACUCCUGUGGCUCUGGCCGUUUGCCAAAAGUCCGAGUGUGGAGAGUGGGCUGUCGUUUGAGCAUAACGAGAUCGAUGCUUAUGGCUAUUCCCUAGAUCCAAGCAAACCCUGGCCUCCUCCUGAUCCCGACCGAAUGUAUCGAUCGCCUCGUAGACGGCCUUCUGGCAACGGCUUCACCCAGUCCAUGAAUAUCGAAGACUUUCGUCUGCGCCAACUUGCAGACCUGAACCGCUACACGGAUGUAGACAACGAAUACGUCGUGCGCCGUCGACCUUUCCACGAGCGGCUGGAGGAAUUGAGUCGCAUGGCGUCGGAACAAGCCGUCAGUCGUGAUGAGGACCCCUUUGGACCGGAAGAAAGCGAGGACUUUGAUCCUGCCGAGGACGCAGUGCUUCAUCACGACCCGGCUGGCGAGGAAGCAUGGCGCAACAAAGAAGGCGAACGACUUGAGGACUUCGGCGUGGACGAAGUCGCGGACUUUUACGAUGAAGAUGAGAUGCCGCUGGCGGAGUUGCGUGAAGUCUUGAGGGCUCGGCAAGAUGUUACUCGAUAG